CUUUUCGCUUCAACUUUCAUCAAUAUUAAUAUCAUCCAAAACGCAGAGUUUGCCGUAACAUGAAGCAGUGGAAAUGGAGCGACAAACCUCGCCGCAAGCUGCGACUGAAGUCGGUAGUCGUUUCCCGAGACAAAGAUUGCAGCUUUGGAGCUCAUCCAAAGGGCAACUUCUCCAAAGCCGCAAAUUUUCGCAGCAAUCUUAUAAGGAGGAGGUGAUUGAAGGGAAGAAAGAGGGAGAGAUUGAGAUGCACACGGAAGUGGGCGCUCAUAAGAAACGAGGCAUCAUCGAUCCAGAAAAACAGUUUUUUUUCCCCAGAAAAAUCGCCUUCUACCAGAAAAGGGCGAAGCAACGAAUUUGAGCAGGAAAUCGGUACCUUUACGAGGAUCGUGAGGAAAGCCCUUUCGUUCUGCGAAGGUGCGUUUUUUUGAUUCAUCAAGAUUGUGUAUUUUAGCAGAGAAGCAGCUGUCGAUCGAACAACCAGCGAACCCCCUCUCCUUGACCUAAGGGGGCACCUUGGUGUCUCUUUUACCAGAAACCUAACUUUCUAGCUGCCCCUCGAGGGUUAAUGGAGAUCCCACCGGACGAUUUGCUGAAGAAGAUUCAGGAACUGGAGACGGGGCAUGCUCAACUGAAGCAAGAGAUAUCGAAGCUGAUGCCGGCGAAUGCUGGUGGCAUGCGCCUACCCGACCGCGGCCGGUCACACUCCCUGUCGCCGCUGCGGGUGAGGCCCCCGAUACAGAGGAAGAACAGCGGAGACCGAGGCGUUGAUGUAUCGGCGUGGAGGAGGGGUUUAGCUUCCGUUGGGCUUUCUUCAGGGUUGCACCAGGAGAGCCCGAGGACGAUUUGCUCCGCCAUUUCCUUUUCUGAGAGGCAGUAUCUGAACAUUUUGCAAUCCAUGGGGCAGUCUGUCCACAUAUUUGAUCUUGAGGGCACGAUAAUCUAUUGGAAUUGUUCGGCAGAAAAUCUAUAUGGUUAUUCUUCAUCUGAAGCUCUAGGAAAGCAUGCAUUUGAGCUUCUUAUCGAUGCCUGCGAUUUCAACAUUGCCGGUAAUAUCAUGCAGCGGAUAGUCGUUGGGGAGAGCUGGACAGGGAAGUUUCCUGUGAAGAACAAGUUAGGAGAACGUUUUGUAGCUAUUGCCUCCAACACUCCCUUCUAUGACGAUGAUGGUAGUUUGAUUGGCAUCAUUGUCGUCUCGAGCGACUUAAGGUCCUUUCAGGAUGAUACAUCUCCUCCACCGCCGUUUGCCAAAUCACAAGCCUCUGAAUGGAACAAUGCAGGUGCUGUGCAUGAGCAUGGUUCUGAUCCUCAACAACCCAUCCAAGUUGCUAUUGCAUCCAAGAUCACAAACCUUGCCAGUAAAGUAGCAUGCAAAGUUCGUUCUCGGAUAAAGCCAAGCGAGCACAUGGAACGCGUAAACAGAGCUACAGAUGGUCAGCGCCCUGAUCUUGCCUUAGACCAUAAAGAGGAAGGUGGUUCUAGUGGAUUUAGCACACCAAAAAAUGAUGUACCUUGUACCUUUAGCACACAAUCUGCUACAAUAGAGGAAAAGUUUCCUGCCGAAACAAGCAAAAUAAAUCGUUAUGAAGAUGAAGGAAAGGCAUGCAUUUUCAAGAUCAUAAGCAAGACGGAGGCAUUACUCGUCAAUAAGCGUAUAUCAUGGCCUUGGAAAGGGCAAGAGUGUGAUGACAAUGAAGCAAAGAAUCACUGGCUUCAUGGUGACCAAGAAAAUGACAAGCAUAAUCCAAAAUCAUCUGAAUAUGUUAGAAAAGCAGAAAAUCAAGUGACUGAAAACAACUGGACAGGCAGCGACGAUGUUUCAGGGUCGUGUUCCUCCCAUAAUGCGAACAGCAUGAAUAGCAGCGGAAGCACUAUGAGUAGCAAUGAAGUUCAGAGGGUGGAUGCUGACUGCUUAGAUUAUGAGAUCUUAUGGGAAGAUCUCAUAAUUGGAGAACAGAUAGGUCAAGGUUCGUGUGGAACUGUGUAUCAUGCUCUGUGGUAUGGCUCGGACAUUGCAGUAAAAGUAUUCCCAAAGCAGGAAUAUUCGGAUGAAGUGAUACUUUCCUUUAGAGAAGAGGUUUCACUCAUGAAGAGGCUACGACAUCCAAACAUACUGCUUUUUAUGGGUGCAGUCACUUCUCCUAAUUGCCUUUGCAUUGUAACUGAAUUCCUUCCACGUGGGAGUUUGUACCGCUUGUUGCAAAGAAGCACAACGCGGUUGGACUGGAGAAAGCGAAUCCUCAUGGCUCUUGAUAUUGCAAAGGGAAUGAACUAUCUUCAUCGCUGCAACCCUCCGAUCGUCCAUCGCGAUUUGAAGUCAUCAAAUUUGUUGGUUGACAAGAAUUGGACUGUCAAGGUUGGUGAUUUUGGACUAUCACGCUUGAAGCAUGAAACGUAUUUGACCACCAAAUCGGGGAAAGGAACGCCUCAAUGGAUGGCUCCAGAAGUUCUUCGAAAUGAACCUUCAGACGAGAAGUCAGAUGUCUAUGGCUAUGGCGUGAUAUUGUGGGAGCUGGCCACCGAAAAAAUUCCUUGGUAUAAUCUAAAUUCCAUGCAGGUCAUUGCAGCAGUAGGGUUCAUGAAUCAGAGGCUAGAAAUACCGAAAGACUUGGACCAGCGAUGGGUGUCUAUUAUCGAGAGUUGUUGGCUUGAGCCAAAACUCCGGCCGACUUUCCAAGAACUUAUUGAACGACUGAAAGAAUUGCAGCGACAACAUUCCGUCCAGAGUCCACCUGCAUCCAGGGAUAUUGCUCACAGCUCUCAGGAGUGGAACGGGGUGGAGUGAACUGUGACAGAAUUCCCACACUGUGUGAAUCAAACCUUUGUGCAAAUCCAAUAAAAGGCUCUUUAAAGGAGCAGCUAGCUUAUCGAUCACAGGGUUUUAUCUGCUUAUCGAUCUUUUGCUCGAAAGAUGUUGUCGUCUGUCGUGUUAUUGAUUAGUAUGCCGGCGCAAGGUUGGAUAGCCUUGAGGCUUUAUGGAAAAAUGGUGGUGUUUAUGUUGAGAGCUCAGCUUGGGAUAUGUUGUUACUAUGUGUAAUAGUAGAAUAUUCAAAUUUUAUAAAAGGAAGAAAAACUAUGUAACCUGAAGUUUUGAUAGAGUUCAAAUUUUUUUUUAGGGGGGAUAA